AUGUCGACGUCGUCCACCUCGUCGUUCAGCAGUGGCGCCUCGUCCAUCGGCAUCUCGGCGCAGCCACUUUCACUGCCCAAGAUCAUGCUUAGGCGACUCGCCAGAGCUGCUUCUCAGAAUCCAAUCGAGGUCAUCGUCACCAUCUUUAUCAUUGUUACUCUUGCCUACUUCCAGCUCCUUCAUGCCGUUACUCACUCCAACUUUUUCGAGCCCAUCUCGAUUGAAGCAACCAGCUUGGCUUCCAGCUCCUCGUCGGGCCUCUUCAAGUGGGCAGGCUCCGCCAACAGGAAAGCCGACGCCGUUCCACCCGUUCCUCCCACCUCGACUCUGGCUUCGGACCCAGACACAGUCUACAUUCGAAAGGCCGGCGCUGCCAACCUCUGGCAGCCUCUCACUCAGCUCGCUACAGACAACGGCGUCGAAGAUGUCGCCGCGCUGAUCCACUCUUCCGCUCUGUCCUUCUUUGUCGAGCCUGUCCUCUUGACCAGCGCAAGGGAGUCUUUCAUGGCAUCUCAGAUUCAAGACUCCAUCCUCCCCUCGCUAUCCAACGACCUUGCCAGCAACCUCGUUGGCUCUCAUGCCUCGGCCACCUUGGUCCAGCACGCCGACUCGCAGUAUUCCGCCUUCGUCUUUGGUAAGGCUUUCGCCGACUCCUCCGAAAGCAGCAACGCAGACGACACACUCCCCCGCAACCAAUUCCUCGGCAAGGUCGUCGACCCUUCUCUUCUCUCCAAGUCGCUCUCCAAAGCCACUCGCUCCGUCCCCAAGCCAGCUGCUGUCGCCAAAGCGCCCGCUGCGGAGCUCGAUGAGCUGUACGACGGCCUUCGCAUCGUACCCCUCGUCCCUGACGGCGAAUUCAACCCAUACGCUCCCAACAACCUCAAAGCUAAGCGCGGCGCCAUCAGCAACCAAGAGGAAAUUCAGCGCAUCCGAUGGAUGGCCUAUGCCGUCAAGGCACUUGUUAUCCGUUUUUGGGCUCUCCUGAAAAAGGCUGACUCUGCCGACAUCUUUGUCAUGCUCUCCGCCUACAUUCUUAUGCACGGCACCUUUGUCAAUCUCUUUCUCUCGAUGCGAAAAUUUGGCUCCAACUUUUGGCUGGGCGCUUCUGUCCUCAUGUCGUCCACCUUUGCUUUCCUCCUGGCUAUCCACCUUGCCUCGCUGCUCGGCGUCACGGGUGAUCCCAUCUGUCUUUCGCUCAGCAACAGGGAACGCUCUCAGCUCAUCCUCAGCAACCUCGAUCAGGCUGCCAAGCCCGAAAUCGGAACGCUUGGCAAGACUUCCCUCGCUGUUGCCAAUGGCACGACUGCCAUGUCGCGCGAGGAGUCCUUUGUCCGUGCUCUAACCGAGCGACUCAAGAGCGAGGACAGCUUGCGUUGGGCCGAGCCCACCCCCAUGCCCGCUCACGAGAUUGUCGUGUCCGCCGUCAACCGUGUUGGUGUCCCCAUCAUUCGCGACUAUCUUAUCGAGAUUGCCGUCAUGGCCGUUGGAGCUACUAGUGGUGUCAGCGGCCUCCGCGAGUUCUGCCAACUCGCCGCCCUCAUCCUCCUCUUUGAUUGCAUCUUCCUCUUUGCAUUCUACGUCUCCAUCCUCACCGUCAUGGUCGAGGUUCACCGCAUCAAGGUCAAGCGCGGCGUCCGCAAGCCCAAGGUCAGCGCAGAACUUUGCCUCGACUCCGACUCGGCCCCUGCGAGCCCUAUUUCGGACAGUUCCACAUCGCGCGACCAAAGCCCCUCGCCCAACAGCCGUCCAUUCUGGAAGAAAGUCUUCAGUGUCAUCCUCGGCUCGGCACGUUCCGAGAAGCGCCGUAAAUCCGAGAACCCGCUCGGUCGACUCAAGCUGCUCCUCGUCGCUUCCUUCCUCGUCCUCCACUCGUUCAACUUGAUCUCAACCCUCACCCGACAAUCAGCCAUCACCCGUCACCAUGCCACCUACGAGCCCUCGCCGUACCAGAUCGUCGCCAACCAAUCGCCCAUCUUUGCCCCUGCGGCUUCGUCGGCGAUUGCUCCCUUGCUUGCCCAGCUGUCGCAAUCGCAGCCUGACGAUCUGGACCUCGUCGCCCGCAUCUCUGAGCCCAUCAUCCUGGUCCUGCUCGAGUCCAACGAAGUCGUUUCCUCGUCCCGCAGUACCCUUGCCAACGCGGCUCUCAAUGCUUCCGGUGUCUAUGCUCAGGCCACGUCUACUGGCGUGCGCCCUGUGCCCGUUGGCCGUGGUAGCUCGUCGCUUGCCGUUCUGGACAGUCUCAUGAGUGGUUGGACUGUCAUUGUCGGCGACCCUGUGAUCAGCAAGUGGAUGUCACUGGCUCUCGGUAUCAGUAUCUUCCUCAACGCAUAUUUGCUCAAAGGCAUCGCCACUGGCAAUGCAGCUCUCUCGGAGGGCAACGCUGCCGGCGCCGCUGCCUAUGCAGCUGCUCGCUUCAUUGGCGCUCAUCUCGACAGCGAAGCAAAGGCCAUCGAGGAGCAUAGCGAGCGUAACCGCAGAAGAUGGAGUGCACGCCCAGAGAACGGAAAACCAGGCGUGCAAACUCGCGGACACAGUGCAGAUGGUAUUUCCGACUACCACAACCGCCUCGCUCAAAUAUCGGCUACUCAGGCUUCGGUCCCUCUCUCCAAGUUGACCCGCGACAAUGACAAACUUGCCUCCAAGCCCACCUCGAUGACCGGUGCCGCCGUCAAUGCCGUCCCUGCUGACGCAAUCAAGCCCGAUGCCAUGGACGCUGUCAAGAAGCACGAUGUUGCGCCCAGCUCUGACGCCGACGGUGCUGUGGCCACUCCUGGACAACAAGGACAGCAGAUUUGUCUGCAGGAUGCUACCUAUGUUACGCCCGAUGGUGAGACAGUCGUGCGCCCUUUGGAGGAGCUCGUCGAAAUCUACGCAGGUGGAGCUGGUGUCUUUUUCCUGACCGAUGAGGAGAUCAUCACUCUCAGCCAGAAUGGCAAGAUUGCUGCUUAUGCUUUGGAAAAGGUGCUUCAGGACCACGAACGAGCGGUACGUGUUCGACGAGCUCUCGUCUCGCGCGCCUCGGCAACCCAGACGCUGGAGACAUCGCUGCUGCCCCACCGCGACUAUGACUAUGGCAAAGUCAUGGGAGCCUGUUGCGAGAAUGUCGUCGGAUAUAUGCCCAUCCCUCUCGGCAUUGCUGGCCCUCUCAAUAUUGACGGACAGUUUAUGCCUAUUCCUAUGGCUACUACCGAAGGCACUCUGGUUGCUUCCACUUCGCGAGGUUGCAAGGCUCUCAACGCUGGUGGCGGUGUAACGACUGUCUUGACGCAGGAUGCCAUGACGCGUGGACCGGCGCUUGAGUUCCCAAGCGUUGUGCAGGCCGCCAAGGCCAAACGCUGGAUCGACUCGCAGGAAGGUGCGCAGACGAUCAAGGCAGCCUUCGACUCGACUUCGCGAUUCGCGCGUCUCUCCUCGCUGCGCUGCGUGCUGGCGGGACGAACGCUUUACGUUCGAUUUGCCACCUCGACGGGUGACGCUAUGGGCAUGAACAUGAUCUCCAAGGGUGUUGAAAAGGCACUCGGCUUGAUGACGGAACAGUACUUCCCAGAAAUGAAGGUACUCUCGCUCUCAGGCAAUUAUUGUACGGACAAAAAGCCCGCUGCGAUCAACUGGAUCGAGGGCCGAGGCAAGAGCGUUGUGGCUGAAGCCGUUGUGCCGGGUAACGUGGUGCGCUCGGUGCUCAAGUGCACCGUACGGGACUUGGUCAACCUCAACACAAAGAAGAACCUGAUCGGUUCGGCUAUGGCCGGCUCGGUUGGUGGAUUCAAUGCGCACGCGGCCAACAUUCUGACGGCCAUUUACCUGGCUACGGGUCAAGAUCCAGCGCAAAACGUCGAGUCAUCCAACUGCAUCACGCUCAUGGAGGCUAUCAACGACGACGAGGAUCUCUUGAUCACUGUAUCGAUGCCCAGCAUUGAAGUGGGUACGGUUGGCGGUGGUACGGUUUUGCCACCGCAGCGAUCCAUGCUGGAAAUGAUGGGCAUUGCCGGCGCACACUCGACUACGCCCGGUGCUAAUGCGCAGAGGCUGGCACGUAUCAUCGCUGCUUCCGUCAUGGCGGGUGAACUGUCGUUGAUGGGCGCGCUGUGUGCAGGACACUUGAUCCAGGCGCACAUGAAGCAUAAUCGCUCGGUGCCUUCUACUCCAGGUACCAUGACGCCCUUGCCGCGACCCGAGACGCCAAAACAUUUUGCAGCUUCUAUGACGCCGUUGGUCGCGCCAUCUGUGGGCCAAUCGACCCGAGGAUCACCAACAGGAACCAGAACCAUGUCCAUGACCAACCUCUCGAUCCCAGCAUCCGACAGCACCGGUCGAGCAUCUUCUCUCACAUAG